UACAUAUUACAAUGGACACCUGCACGAAGUUAUCCAUUUAUAUAUAUGGGUGAAGGUCAAAGAGGGUUUAUUGAUAGAAAUUGCAAAUACACAAAUUGUUACGUAACCGAUAACAGGACUUUCCUAGGCGAUUACACUAAGUUUGACGUGAUAGCGUUCGCUGGUCAGGAAGUGGUAGAAAUGGCCAAAAAUGAAUUACCAGAGAGGAGAUCACCUCACCAAAAGUUCGUGUUCGCAACUAGAGAAUCAGCUGACAACUAUCCAGUAUGCUCCGAAAGAUUUGACAAUUUUUUCAAUUGGACAUGGACGUACAGACUCGUGUCUGACGCAAAAUGGGGUUAUGUAGCAGUGAGAGAUGCAAAUGGGAAUGUAAUAGGGCCUAAAAUAAACAUGGAAUGGUUGAAGCUAGCAGAAAUGGAGCCAGUCAGUGAGGAAUUAAAAGAGAAAUUGAGAAAGAAAACCAAAGCAGCGGCAUGGUUCGUCUCAAACUGCUAUUCACAUAACGAUCGUGGAAAUUUUGUGAAGACAUUACAGGCAAUGCUUCAAAAAUAUAAUUUAGGGGUAGAUGUGUAUGGUGGAUGUGGACCCUUGAAAUGUUCUCAAGUUAAUCAAGACGAUUGUAACAGAAUGUUGAGCGAUGAUUAUUAUUUUUACUUAGCGUUCGAGAAUUCAAAUUCUGAAGACUAUGUCACUGAAAAAGUAUUGUACGGUCUAGAAUAUGACACAGUGCCUGUUGUGUUGGGUGGUGCAAACUAUACAAGGUUCAUGCCAGAUGGGUCAUAUUUGGACGCAAGAGAACUGGGACCUGCAAAAUUAGCUGAUAAAAUGUACAAUCUCAUACAAAAUCCAGAUUUGUACGCAGAAUAUUUUAGAUGGAGGAAUCACUAUUCCUUCCACAGCAGAUAUGAUAGUCCAGACACAGAUGACUUCUGCAGAUAUUGUGCUAUGCUUAAUGACGAAGAGUUAGUGAAAAGUACUAGUAUUUAUGAAGACUUCAGACAUUGGUGGGACCCACCUGGACUAUGUUGA